CGUCCGGCCCGCCGACCCGCGGCGCAACGGGAACGCCGGCGGCCGUGCGAUGGGGGCCGAGGCGUCGGGGAGCGGGCUGGCGCUGCAGGAGCUCGUGCGCGAGGCCGAGAUCAGCCUGCUCGAGUGCAAGGUGUGCUUUGAGAGGUUCGGCCACCGCCAGCAGCGGCGCCCGCGCAACCUGCCCUGCGGCCACGUGGUGUGCCUGGCCUGCGUGGCUGCCCUGGCGCACCCGCGGACGCUGGCCCUCGAGUGCCCCUUCUGCCGCCGAGCCUGCCGGGGCUGCGACACCAGCGACUGCCUGCCGGUGCUUCACCUCCUGGAGCUCCUGGGCUCGGGGCUGCGCCCAGCCCCCGCCGUCCCCCGCGCCCCCUGCGCCCCCGGGGCCCUCACCUGCCACCGCGCUUUCGGAGGCUGGGGGACCCUGGUCAACCCCACGGGGCUGGCGCUGUGUCCCAAGACGGGGCGGGUCGUGGUGGUGCACGACGGCAGGAGGCGGGUCAAGAUCUUUGACUCCGGGGGAGGAUGUGCUCAUCAGUUUGGAGAGAAGGGGGAGGCUGCUCAGGACAUUAGGUACCCCCUCGAUGUCACCGUCACCAACGACUGCCAUGUGGUUGUCACCGACGCCGGCGACCGUUCCAUCAAAGUGUUUGAUUUUUUUGGCCAGAUCAAGCUUGUCAUAGGAGGCCAGUUCUCCUUACCUUGGGGUGUGGAGACCACCCCGCAGAAUGGGGUCGUGGUAACUGAUGCGGAGGCAGGGUCGCUGCACCUGCUGGAAGUGGACUUUCCCGAAGGGGUCCUCCAGAGGACGGAAAGGUUGCAAGUUCAUCUGUGCAGUCCCCGAGGGGUGGCCGUGUCUUGGCUCACCGGGGCCAUUGCGGUCCUAGAGCACCCUCUGGGUCUGGGGACUGGGGCUGGCAGCACCACGGUGAAGGUGUUCAGCCCAAGUAUGCAGCUGAUCGGCCAGGUGGAUAGCUUUGGGCUGAGCCUCUUUUUUCCCUCCAGGAUAACUGCCUCAGCCGUGACCUUUGAUCACCAGGGGAAUGUGAUUGUAGCAGAUACUACUAGUCAGGCUGUCCUAUGCCUAGGAAGACCUGAGGAAUUUCCAGCUCUGAAGCCCAUCAUCACGCACGGUCUCUCCCAUCCCGUGGCACUGACCUUCACCAAGGAGAAUGCUCUUCUCGUGCUGGACAGUGCAGCCCAUUCUAUAAAAGUCUACAAAGCUGACUGGGGGUAAAGGGGUAGGUGGGGGUUCUGGGGUCUGCAGUCAAAAGCCCUGGAAGGCCACUAAUGAAUUGUUUAACCUUGGAUCAAUUAACCUCCUCUCUCCAACAGGGAUAAUUAUAACUGCCUGGCAAACUUACAGAGGUUGAGGUAAUUAUUUAAAGAAAAAUAAUAAAUCUACCAUUUAUUGAGUAUGUGCUCCCUGCGCUGAGAAAUUUGCCAAUAUUAGCUCAGUGUAUUCUUACAGCUGUACCCAGGGAGGUAAUGUCUAUGAUUAAUCCCAUUUUAGAGAUGAGGAAAACGGAGACCCCGAGAGUUCAAGUGACGUUCCCAAGGUCACAUUUACUUACUGUGACAGUCACAACGGGAACUCAACUCGGACUCCCCAACCCCUUGCUCUUAAAUAAGAUAACAGAUGUGAAAAAAACCAACAUGUGACUGUAUAUUGUACUCGGUGUACUGUGUUUACUGGUAGCUGUUUCUCCUGGUUGGAUGGGCAGAGAAAGGAGACUUUAGAGCAUUCAAGAGAAAGUCAGGGUUGUGUGAUGGGCGUGGGCAAGGGUGUCAUUCAACUUGCAGCUCCCUUGAUGGAGCCUUAGAUGGAGGAACUGUGGGUCCUGAGUUACUUGACUAAGGAAAACCGUUGAACUGCCUGUGGAAAAGGUAAAGGUGUCUGUUAGGACCCGGGUCUCCUCCACCACAGGCACUCAGGAAAUACUAGUCGGUUGGUGCAGAAAAGCCUGUGUGGGGAUAAGUUUGGAACCACCGCAGACCACUCCACACUCACACACCUCGUGUGAGAGGCCUGGAAGGCAGGCCUGUCCCAUGUGUGCGUUCCUAGAGAGAGAAGUCCCCACAGUUGGCUCAGGGCAGAAUGAGUUUGCCUGCCUCUUCAUAACCAGUGGUGACCUGAAGCACUUUUGCGGUGGCCUUUUUCUCUAUGCCCCAUAAAUUUAUCCCAUUGCACACACUGUGUCCUCAAUAACCGGUUCCCUUGAUGCUAAGCCAGGCCCCCGGGAAACCCGUGAAUCCUUCUGGAAUUGAAAUAAAGCUCUGACCAAGAUAAGGCCUGCUCUUUAACGUGGCGGUCGAUUGAGCGAAUAGGGGGAAACUUCAGGUGAAGUGGCCGGUUCUCUAUAAAUGGUGUUCUUAGCGAAUGUCAACAUCUCCCGAGUUUAGGGUUGCUGGUAUAGUACCAAACCACGGGCACCUCAGAAGCAGGAGCAAAAUAAAUUUUUUUCUCGGGGAGAACAUAGUGGUUUUGAGAGGUAAGAGUUUGCUUUAGGUAAUAGCUGAUGUUUUAUCAACAAUAGGUUUCUAUUGUACAAACAGGUUUAAUAGAUAUAACGGAUGCACUGGAGGUAGCCCCCAAAUUAGGAGUAGGCUGUGUUCCAGAAGGUUAAGUUUGUCCUUUGGAGCUGAAAGAGAGACCGUGGUCCGUGCUAGGCCCCAAAAACCCGCUGUGCUUUCAGUGCUUCCCUCAUGUCACCCUAGGAUCGCAGGGACCCCGGGCCGCCACUUGUAAAUGCAUUCCACAUAGGGAUUCUGGGGACAACCUCAUCCCCCCCACCCUAAGAAGCCAUCCUCAGGUCAGUGACCUCACAGGUAGCCUCCUCUGUGUAGCAAGAAAAGCCGCUUCAGGCAGAGAUGUAGGUUCAGACUUGGUCAUUUGCAGGUGGGACAACGGUGACCUUUAAAAAGUUUUCCUCAGGAACAACGACACUUUAAUGGCCUCAGGGUCUGCCAGUUCAAGGGACUGUCUCCUAUUUGCAGUUAUCAAUGGCAUCAUCUUUGACUAGAGAGCUGGGCUUCGGGCUUUUUCAGCCAGCACUGGUAGGCCAGGAGGAGAAUAUGCAGCGCGUGUGGAGGCGUGUGGCCCCGGUGUGACUUGUUACCGUGUCAGGACCCAACCGGAAGGAUGGGGUGUUGUGAGUCCUUGAGAGGAUGUGAGAGCGAAUCAGAGAGAUGAGAGUGAGUGACCUUGCUUACUACCUCUGCUUGGCAGAUAAGCCGGCUUGGGAGUGGGUAGGAUAGAACCCACAACAGAAAGACAAACAGCUCCUCCCAGGAAUGGUAUCAUGAAGGAGCAGGGUUUCCCCGGGGAAAGACACAAAGCUUCUGGUGCUGGUCUCCAAGCAUGCGUCUGCUGAGGGAACUGGCUAAGUGACCGGCAUGGCGGAUGCCAAAUUCAUCUUACUGGACUGCAUUCUUUAGAGCCAGCUGGCUAAAGGGCUUGCAAACAUGUCCCCCCAACUCCAGGCUAUUAGAGAUUGGAGUGUCUGAGAGAGGCAGGAAGAGCUGAUUGCAACAGAACGUAAAAGGUUCGGAGGUGAUGGAGGAGAGCUGGAAUGACUCUUCCGAGACUGGAGACAGAAGAACGUGACCAGGAGUAAAUGUAGAAGAAACAGUCUCUUCCUGAAGGUCCCCCUCAACGGUGUGCCUUUAGGCCGGCACUAACCCCCCGUGGAGCACCUGGUGAGUCCUUCAAAACAAGUGUAGACGCUCUGGCUCUGGGCUCAGCAGUUCUGAAACCAUCUUCCAUCUGUUCCAGUUUUGCCCGAUUCCUGAUCCUUGAAUCUUCUCCUCUGUUUGACCUUGUUCAGCCCUCUGGACUCGCCACCUGGACUGGUUUUCCCAGUCUUUUUCCUUGGCAUUUUCUAAAAACUUCAGGUUCAGAUUCAUAAACCUCCCCUCGAGCAAGUCCUCACUCUGGAUCCCAGAACCCAAGCCAUCACCAUUUUGCUAGAGCCUUAUCUAGACCUUUCCUGGCUCCUCACCAGGUGGGGUCUGCACCCACUUAGGGAAUUAGGCAUCUUUCUGUGGAAGAAGCAGUACUCCAUAUACCUCAGAAAAAUGAGGAGAACCACACUGGUGAGUGCAGAUUUAACUAUCCUUACCUCUGCCACAGGAAGGAGCAAUGCAUACUGGUGGUCAAUCCUCCACUAAUGGAGGUAUGCUACGGAGGUGUACCAUGGUGACUAGGGAGAGGAACUCUUUUCUUGAAGGGUAUGUAGAAAAUAUGAGAAGAAGACAGCCACGACUCACUACAACUACCACACUGAACUGUCAUGGCAUCUGCUGUGCCCCUCCCCCAGCCCUGCUGAUGAGCCUGACCCUCUCCAGCGGUCGCUGAUUGGACAGGAAUGCAUCCCUAACUACAGCCUAUCCAUCAACAUCCCACCAAACGUACUAAAUGGACCGGAAAAUUGGCCUAUGAAUUGGCCUGGGACGAACAGGUUUUCCCAAAAAGGGGCAAAGAGAUCUGAUUAGAAUUUUGUCUCUGAAGUUGUACAUUGAGAAAUACGGAGCAAAUCAUGCAGAUGGCAGCCUGGGAGGAUGCUGAGCACAUACCGAGUUGGGGGGCGGGGCGCAGAGCUACAGUGAGGAGACCAAAUUCACGAAUGAGAAGAGGCCGUAGGGCAGAGAAAAGAUCCAAGUGUAGGAAUCCAGGUAGGAAUGGGAGGAGAAAAAGCCCCCAGAGAAGCUACGUGGGCGGGUUUGUUCUUUGCAACAGAUAGUGCCUAACAAAAGUUACACCGCGGGGUGAUUUGUUUGGAGAAAACUGAGCUUGAACCUACUGAUUUUGAUGCCAGGAGUAGGGAAUGUUUUCUGAGGCGGCCACACUCUCCUCAACACCCCCACCCCUGACACUCUGGGGCCUGAGACCACAGGUAUACACAUGGAGCCCCACAAGCCCCAGGUCUAAAUAUAUGAGUUACCAAUGGAGCCAAAAACCUGUCAAAUAAAAUACAUCUGAUCCUCCUCCUUUAACAAAGGUAAAUAUAAAUGUUUAAAAUGCACUUUCAUUACUGCCUGGGAAGCCAGGUUUAUUUGAGAAUUACUUGGAUGGAGUUUAUGUUCAAUUUUAGGGUGUCGCAUUUUAAAGAAAGAUCGUGAUAAACCAGAGGAUGUUUGAAAGCUCUGAAGAAGGGGCACGUGGCUGGCUGAGAAGAGCAUGUAACUCUUGAUCUCGGGGUUGUGAGUUCGAGUCCCACGUUGGGUGUAGAGAUUACAAAAAAUAAAUCAACUUUAAAAAAUAAAAGUUCAGAAGAAGAAUCUAAACAGCAUGUUUUGUGUCAGCCUCUAACAGCUAGAAUGUAAACUCCAUGAAGCAAAGAUGUUUGUGUUGUUCCAGGCAGUAUCCCUCGUGCCCAGGACGCU